GAGAGGAAGGAAGCUCACUGAUGUGCAGGAAACUGCCAUUGUUGAUAUGGUCAUCCGAAACAAUGGGAUAAAACUCACUGAGAUUCAAGACAGAUUCUUGGCAGACAACGUUACUUUUGCAAAUAUUCACAGUGUAAGCAUAAUAACAAUUUCUAGAAUCCUGAAAAAACAUCAGGUCAGUAUGAAACAGUUGUACACUGUGCCUUUUGAGAGGAACUCUGAACAUGUCAAGCAACUCAGGAACCAAUAUGUCCAGAGAGUCAUGGAGAUUGAAGGCAGGCAAACACCCCACAUUUUAAUCUUUAUGGAUGAGGCGGGUUUCAACUUGGCCAAAACACGGCGACGAGGGAGGAAUGUGAUUGGGAAGAGAGCCACAGUGAUUAUCCCGGGCCAGAGGGGUGCCAACAUCACAAUGUGCACAGUAAUAUCCACUGAUGGAGUGCUGUUACACAGACCCCUAAUUGGGCCAUACAACACUGAACGUCUCCUUGCGUUCCUGCAUGAUCUCUAUGGAAGGGUUGUGCUAGAUGAGGAAAGGGAUGCAGAGAGAAGGAAUCAGCCAACAUUUUAUAAUUGUAUGGGACAAUGUGGCAUUUCACCACUCCUGUGCAGUCACCGAGUGGUUUGUGGCCCAUCCCAGAAUGGAGUCACUUUUCCUCCCACCUUACUCUCCAUUCCUCAACCCCAUAGAGGAAUUAUUUUCCUCAUGGAGGUGGGAGGUUUAUGAGCACCAUCCACAAGAUCAAAUGUCCCUCCUGGAUGCAAUGAAUGCUGGAUGCCUGGACAUAUCCGCAGAAGAUUGCCAGGGAUGGAUCAGGCAUGCCAGAAGAUUCAUUCCUAAGUGUAUUGCCCUAGAUGACAUAAGAUGUGAUGUGGAUGAGAACCUGUGGCCAAAUGGAGAAGAUUAGCAUUAGCAUUACUAUACUAUUAACAUUAGCAUUACUAUUUUAUCUGUAUCAGUGGAUGGUGUGUAUACAAAUUCUUGUAUUUUGGAAUUACUCAGUGCAAAAAAAAUUAAAAUAAAUAAACAACAUAAAAUAUUGAUGAGUUCUGCAUCAUGUCUGAUUCAUUCCAGUAACAUAUAUUGCAGUGAAUUAUAAACCGAGAUGUGUCCUUGUUUUACACAAGAAAACAUUGUAUAAUGCUACAUGUUGUUAGUGUUUUUUUAGGUCAUUGUUUUGUGGGCUGUCAGCCUUUGCUAGUUUUCUGGAAGAAUGAGUUGAUUUGAGACCUGAAUAAAGUGUUUUGGUAGUUGUAGUGCAUUUUGAAUGUGAAAGGAACUGCUUUGCCAAGCUGAAAGUUGGUUAGGAGAACUGUGUGAAGAGUUUUGCAAAAGUGACCUAAGUAUUGAUAAAUGUGUCCUAGCGUCUGUAAAAAAAAAAAAAAAAACUGUAAUAUCCCA